UUUGGUUGAAUUUAUAAGGCCUUGGCCACGUGUAUAUUAGCAGUGUGGGAGGCCUGUUCUAUGCCAUAGGGGGUCACAAAUUUGAGGAUGAAGAAGGCAUCUGGUGCUGCACUUUGUGCGGUGGUGGUGGUGGUGGUAGCUGUGCUUCUAUGUGAAGCACCGCUGACGGCAAAGGCAGCAGUGACAUGCAAUCCCUUGGAGUUGAGCUCAUGCUUACCGGCAAUCACGUCGUCGGCACAGCCAUCUACCACUUGCUGCGGCAAGUUGAGGGAACAGAGACCAUGCCUCUGUGGGUACAUCAAAAAUCCAAACCUCAAGCAGUAUGUUGGUUCUCCUGGUGCCAAAAAGGUUGCCAGCACUUGUGGGGUUUCCAUCCCUCGUUGUUAGCUCUAAACUUUAUUGCCUUUGGAAUCAAUACUGUACUAAGAAUAUCAAUAAUAUAAUAAUGCAGUUCAGGAGAACUAGUAAAAUGAAUGAUGAUUACCUUUG